GUUGCGGUAAAUUAAAGUUGAAUUUUGUCAGUGUUAAAUUUGAGAGAAAAGGAAAAAUUCCGCCAGUAACAAUGAAUCGCGAUUGCAUACUCAGUGAGGGUGUUCUCGAGAAAAUUAUGAAUGGUGCCACCAUUCCAUACCCUGUACUUCAAGUUUUGGGAAGCAAAAAAAUGGUUUCUAACAACAUUAAGGAUAGUGAACGCCUGAGACUCCUGCUUUCUGAUGGAAAAUAUAAAAUAAACGUGGCAAUGUUUACUGUUCCUGCGAACAAUCAAGAUGCGCUGGAACUGUACUCGGUCAUCAAACUAAUCCGCUAUUUUUCCAACGUCAUUAGGAGUAAAGACAAGCGUGACAUGCGCGUGUUAAUUAUUUUGGAACUUGAGCUGAUUUAUGAAGGACGCACUGUAGGGCGCACUAUUGGAGAUCCAACCACAUUAACUGACAAUGAGUUUCCAACUUCUCAAAGUUCAGACAGUUCAAAUUUUGCCGGCUCUUCAAUCACUCUAUACCGCCGCAAAAAUGAGAAUGGGGACUUAUUUGGGGACACGAAAACAAUCAGCCCCAUUGCUAGUCUCAAUCCGUUUCACAACAACUGGAUUAUUAAAGCGAGAGUUAUCAAUAAAACUUCCAUUCGUCACUGGUGUAACUCCAGAGGUGAAGGAAAAUUGUUUAGUUGUGAUUUGGUCGACAGAAGCGGUGAAAUCAGAUGUACAGCGUUCAAAGAACUGGCAGAUAAAUUCUAUGAGUGUUUAAACGUUGAUAAAGUUUAUUAUAUUAGUAGGUGUCUUUUGCAACCAAUCAAUCGCCAGUUUUGUAACUUAAAACACGACUUUGAGAUGACCACGACCCCCGAGACGCAAGUCGAGGAGUGCUUGGACGACGAUCUCUUGAUACCCAAAGUCAACUAUAAUUUUACUACGCUUGAUAAAGUUGCUGCGAUGGUCGGCGGAACUAUCGUCGAUGUAAUUGCGGUUUGUAAGUCUGUCUCUGAACUUCAAACCUUUACGUCUAAAUCCACCAAUCGUGACUUGAAGAAAAAAGAAGUUUUGUUGGUUGACCAAUCAAAAACAGGGAUUUGUUUGACUUUAUGGGGGAUGAAUGCUGAGUCUUUUAAUCACUCUGAUCAGCCGGUCGUUUCUCUCAAAAAUGCUAAAAUUUGCGAAUUUCGCGGAAACAAAACAAUAACUCCGGUUAUGGGUAGUCUGCUUAAAGUUAACCCAGAUAUUCCAGACGCGUAUAAAUUGAGAAAAUGGUUCGAUUUAGAUGGAAAUCAAAUCGAAUUUAACAACGUCAGCGCUAAAACAACCAUUGGUAACGUUCCAUGGAUGACUUUCAAAGAAGCCCAACGUUAUAGUCAAGACCACGGCGAUCAAGGAUUCUAUUUCCAGACUUACGCCACAAUUCUUCUAAUCCGUGUAGACAGAGCUGUCUACAAAUCCUGUCCAACCCCAGAAUGCCAGAAAAAAGUCAUAGAUCUAGAAAACGGGAUGUUCCGUUGCGAAAAAUGCAACAGAGAGUAUCCAGAAUUUAAAUACAGAUUCUUGGUUUCGAUGAACGUUUCCGAUAUGAGCGGCAGCCAAUGGGUGACGCUGUUUUCCGCGGAAGCCGAAAAAAUUCUCGCAAAAACCGCCCAAGAGAUAGGUGAGGCCAUGGAGCACGACCAGGAAAGCGUAGGCAAACUUUUCGACGAAGUGCAAUUCAAACAAUUCCUGUUUAAAAUAAGAGCCAAAAUGGAGUCCUACAACGACGAGCAGAAGCUAAGAAUGAUCGUUGUUAGCACCUCCCCGAUAACUUUCGAGGACCACAACGCCUAUUUAAUCAAGAAAAUCGAAGAAUUACGUGGAUGAUUUGUCAAAAUUUAAAUAAA